AUGUUAACUCAGCACGUGGCGAAGUCCGUCUCUCGAGUGCGCGUGCGCAUUGGAUGGUGUUUUGGGCGGGGGGGUGUUAAAGGCGCAUGCUCAGUUCUCAUUGGUGACGGUGGAGCCGAGAACAUGAUUGCGACGGGAAUUUGUCUUUUGAAGGGUGAGGAAAGUGAGAGCCCGAUCCAAGGAACGGUCACCUUCGAAUGGGAUGAAACUGAAGAAGUGUUUGUACAAGGGACUAUUGAGGGAUUGAAACCAGGAAAACAUGGACUUUAUGUUUGUUCUUUGGGCAACGUUACUAAUGGGUACAUGAGUUCGGGCAUUCAUUAUAACCCCUGCAACAAAAAACAUGGUGGACCAGAAGAUGCAGACAGACAUGUUGGUGACCUGGGUAAUGUUGAAGCCAAUGAUGAUGGUGUUGCUAAGUUUGAAAUGCACGACCGACUUCUUCGCUUGGCUGGAAAUUAUUCAAUAAUUGGACGCACUUUGGUGGUUACAGAGAAUGAAGAUGACCUGGGUAAAGGUGAAAAUGAUGAGAGUGCUGCAACAGGAAAUGCUGGAAAAGGUUUAGCCUGGGGCAUAAUUGGAAUAGCUAAUAAAUAAAAGACAAGUAGUCAAAAAAUGAAAUGAGUGAUAAC